AUGUACGAGGAGGACUGUGUCAAGUCCACUGGGGACUACUAUCUCCUCUGUGACACUGAUGGGACCUGGGGCAUUGUCAUGGAAGCCCUGGCAGCCAUCGGCAUAGUGGUCACCAUCUUGCUGCUCUUGGCAUGUCUUUUUCUCAUGCGAAGGGUUCAAGACUGCAGCCAGUGGAAUGUCCUCCCUACUCAGUUCCUCUUCCUCCUGGCUGUACUGGGGCUUUUCAGCCUCGCUUUUGCCUUCAUCAUCCAGUUCAAUGAGCAGACUGCCCCUGUACGCUACUUUCUCUUUGGGGUUCUCUUUGCUAUCUGUUUCUCGUGCCUCCUCGCUCAUGCCUCCAACUUGGUGAAGCUGGUCCGGGGUAGAGUUUCCUUCUGUUGGACGACCAUUCUGUGCAUUGCUAUUGGCGCCAGCCUGCUGCAGACGAUCAUCGCCAUUGAGUACGUGACGCUCAUAAUGACCCACUGUAUGAUGUUUGUGCACAUGACACCCUACCAGCUCAACGUGGACUUUGUGGUCCUCCUGGUUUAUGUCCUCUUCCUGAUGGCCCUCACGUUCUUCGUCUCCAAGGCCACCUUCUGCGGCCCGUGUGAGAACUGGAAGCAGCACGGAAGACUCAUCUUCAUCACCAUGCUGGUGUCCAUCAUUAUCUGGGUGGUGUGGAUCUCCAUGCUCAUGAGAGGCAACCCACAGCUCCAGCGGCAGCCCCAGUGGGAUGACCCUGUCAUCUGCAUCGGCCUGGUCAGCAAUGCGUGGGUGUUCCUGCUGCUGUACAUCAUUCCCGAGUUCUGCAUUCUCUACAGAUCGAGUAAGCCAGAGUGCCCUGCACCAGGUAAUGCCUGCCACGUGCCAACUUACCAACGCAGCUACCGAGUGGAGAACCAGGAUCUCUCCAGAGCCCGAGACAGUGAUGGAGCUGAGGAGGAUGUAGCAUUAACUUCAUAUGGUACCCCCAUUCAGCUGCAGACUGUUGACCCCACGCAGGAGUAUGUCAUCCCACGGGCUAAACUCAGCCCCCAGCAAGACUCAGGGUUAUAA